CGGCUGCGCGCGCGCCGCGGCGUGUACGCGGCGAUUUCAUCAUGCUCCGGGCCGGGCCGCGCGCGCCGCUUCCGCCGCCGCCCCCUCCGGACCGCCCAGGGCCGCCGGCUCAUGCCCUCUCCGCGCCCGGCGCUGCUUAGAGCUGCCCGCGCCGCUCUGCUGCUGUCGCUGCCGCCCCGGCUCCCGGUCCGGCCCUCGCUCCCGCCCCGCCGCUUGCUCGGCGCGCCCUCCCGCGCCCCGACCUCCUACCCCGCCGCCGCCUCCCGGAGCAGCAUGGACGGCGCCGGGGCUGAGGAGGUGCUGGCACCUCUCAGACUAGCCGUGCGCCAGCAGGGAGAUCUUGUGCGAAAAUUGAAAGAAGAUAAAGCACCCCAAGUAGAUGUAGACAAAGCAGUAGCCGAACUCAAAGCUCGGAAGAGAGUUCUGGAAGCAAAGGAGCUGGCAUUACAGCCCAAAGAUGACAUUGUGGACAGAGCAAAAAUGGAAGACACCCUGAAGAGGAGGUUUUUCUAUGAUCAAGCUUUUGCUAUUUAUGGAGGUGUUAGUGGUCUGUAUGACUUUGGGCCAGUUGGAUGUGCUUUAAAGAACAAUAUUAUUCAGACCUGGAGGCAGCACUUUAUCCAAGAGGAACAGAUCUUGGAGAUUGAUUGCACCAUGCUCACCCCUGAGCCAGUUUUAAAGACCUCUGGCCAUGUAGACAAAUUUGCUGACUUCAUGGUGAAAGAUGUAAAAAAUGGAGAGUGUUUUCGUGCAGACCAUCUCUUGAAAGGUAUGGUUCCUCAUUUCAUUCAACUUGAUAACUAUGGACAACAAGAACUUGGGGAUCUUUUUGUGAAUUAUAAUGUAAAGUCUCCCAUUACUGGAAAUGAGCUGUCCCCUCCAGUACCUUUUAACUUAAUGUUCAAGACGUUCAUUGGGCCUGGAGGAAACAUGCCUGGGUACUUGAGACCAGAAACUGCACAGGGGAUUUUCCUGAAUUUCAAACGACUUUUGGAAUUCAACCAAGGAAAGUUGCCCUUUGCUGCUGCCCAGAUUGGAAAUUCUUUUAGAAACGAGAUCUCCCCUCGAUCUGGGCUGAUCAGAGUCAGAGAAUUCACAAUGGCAGAAAUUGAGCACUUUGUAGAUCCCAGUGAGAAAGACCAUCCCAAGUUCCAGAAUGUGGCAGACCUCCACCUUUAUUUGUAUUCAGCAAAAGCCCAGGUCAGCGGACAGUCUGCUAGGAAAAUGCGCCUAGGAGAUGCUGUUGAACAGGGUGUGAUUAACAACUCAGUAUUAGGCUAUUUCAUUGGCCGCAUCUACCUCUACCUUGUGAAGGUUGGAGUAUCUCCAGAUAAACUCCGCUUCCGACAGCACAUGGAGAACGAGAUGGCCCAUUAUGCCUGUGACUGUUGGGAUGCUGAAUCCAAAACAUCCUAUGGCUGGAUUGAGAUUGUUGGAUGUGCUGAUCGUUCCUGUUAUGACCUCUCUUGUCAUGCACGAGCCACCAAAGUCCCGCUUGUAGCUGAGAAACCUCUGAAAGAGCCCAAAACAGUCAAUGUUGUUCAGUUUGAACCCAAUAAGGGAGCAGUUGGUAAGGCAUAUAAGAAAGAUGCAAAACUGGUGAUGGAGUAUCUCGCCAUUUGUGAUGAGUGCUACGUUACAGAAAUGGAGACGCUACUGAAUGAGAAAGGGGAAUUCACUAUUGAAACUGAAGGGAAAACAUUUCAGUUAACAAAAGACAUGGUCAGUGUGAAGAGAUUCCAGAAAACACUGCAUGUGGAAGAAGUUGUUCCGAAUGUAAUUGAACCCUCCUUUGGCCUGGGCAGGAUCAUGUAUACGGUAUUUGAGCAUACAUUCCAUGUACGAGAAGGAGAUGAACAGAGAACGUUCUUCAGUUUCCCUGCGGUAGUCGCUCCAUUCAAAUGUUCCGUCCUCCCACUGAGCCAGAACCAGGAGUUCGUGCCAUUUGUCAAGGAAUUAUCGGAAGCUCUGACCAGGAACGGUGUGUCUCACAAAGUAGACGAUUCCUCUGGGUCGAUUGGAAGACGCUAUGCCAGGACCGAUGAGAUCGGUGUGGCUUUUGGCAUCACCAUUGACUUCGAUACAGUGAACAGGACCCCUCACACUGCAACACUGAGGGACAGAGACUCGAUGCGGCAGAUAAGAGCAGAGGUUUCUGAACUUCCCAGUGUGGUCCGAGAUCUGGCCAGUGGCAGCAUCACGUGGGCUGAUGUGGAGGCCAGGUAUCCUCUCUUUGAAGGGCAAGAGACUGGAAAAAAAGAGACAAUCGAGGAAUGAGGACAAUUUUGGCAACUUUUGACCACUUGCAGUAAUAAAAAAAAUAACUCUUAUCAUGUCCACUUUGCAAAAGAAAACAGCAUUGUGAUUUUUCCCAGGGACUGCAUUUUCUCCUCAGUGGCUGCCUGAUUUUACCCAAACAAUUAAAGUUGAAGGAAUUCCGGACAAA